AUGCUCGCUAACGAGUUCUCAGUUGAUGCACCAAAUGUCACCAUCAAGGGUGAAGAAAUGGUUUCCCAUUAUGAUUACCAUACAUCACACGUCGUUGCCGGUGCUGAUGGAAUCAAGAUUGUCCCAGAGACAAAGAAGUUCGAGUUCAAGACCAACUUACAUGUUCCAAAGACCGGUGUCAUGCUCAUCGGCUGGGGUGGCAACAACGGUACAACACUCACAUCCGGUGUUUAUGCAAACACGCACAAUCUUGUUUGGGAUACAAAGCGUGGCGAGGUCAAGGCUAACUAUCAUGGUUCCCUCACACAGUGCGCUACAACAUACCUCGGUCAGGAUGAAAAGGGCACAACAUAUGUUGCUCCAUUCAAGGCUUUACUCCCAAUGGUUAAUCCAAACGAUUUAGUCAUCGGUGGCUGGGAUAUUUCCAAGCUCAACAUUUAUGAAUCAGCUCGCCGUGCUCAUGUUAUGGAGCCAGCCAUGCUUGUUCAGAUCAAGGACGAGCUUGAGAAGAUGCACCCACUUCCAGCUGUCUUCGAUAUCAACUUCGUUGCUCCAAACCAGAAGGAUCGUGCUGACAACGUUAUCCCAGGCACAAAGUGGGAACAGCUCGAGACAGUCCGUAAGCAGAUGAGAGACUUCAAGGAGCAGAACAAGCUCGAGAAGCUCAUCAUCCUCUGGACAGCCAACACAGAGAGAUACUGCGAAGUCAAGGAAGGCGUCCACAUGACACCAGAACAGCUCCUUCAGGGCAUCAAGAACAACGACCCAGAAAUCUCCCCAUCUACAAUCUACGCUACAGCUGCUAUCCUCGAACACAUCCCAUACAUCAACGGUUCUCCACAGAACACAUUCGUUCCAGGACUUAUCCAGCUCGCUGAACGCGAAGAUGUCGCCAUCAUGGGUGAUGACUUCAAGACAGGCCAGACAAAGUUCAAAUCAGUCAUGGCUGACUUCCUCAUCUCAUCAGGUCUCAAGUUAACAGCUGUUGUUUCCUACAACCACCUUGGUAACAACGAUGGUCUCAACCUCGAUUUCGAGAAGUGCUUCCGCUCAAAGCAGAUCUCAAAGUCCUCCGUCAUUGAUGAUAUGGUUGGCUACAACCCAAUCCUCUAUCCAGAGGGAGCUCAUCCAGAUCACGUUGUCGUUAUCAAGUACGUCCCAUCCGUUGGCGAUUCAAAGCGUGCUCUCGAUGAAUACGACUCCGACAUCUUCUGCGGUGGCAAGAACAUCAUCUCCGUCCACAACACAUGCGAAGAUUCCCUUCUUGCUGCUCCAUUGAUGCUCGACCUCAUCAUCCUUAUGGAACUCUUCACACGUGUUGAGCUCAAGGAUGAAACAAUGAAGGACUUCCACCACAUGAACGCUGUCUACUCCGUUCUUUCCUUCCUCCUCAAGGCUCCAAGAACGCCAACAGGCACACCAGUCAUCAACUCACUCUUCCAGCAGCGUGCUUGCAUGGAGAACAUCCUUCGUGCUACACGUGGCCUUCAGCCACUUAACAACAUGCACCUCGAAUGGAAGAUGCCAGUUAAGCAUAACUAA